GGUGGAUGUUACCGUGUUGUCAAAUUAUCUCUUUAUGAGACAGGAUUUUGAUGAUCAGGUGGUCCAACUCCAAAAGCAAUUAAUCUCCCAUAACCUUGAUCCCUCUACAUCAAAACUUUCUUUGAGCAGUGCCAAGAAAACAUGGGAUACCAUCAAAGAAUUUAAAGGCUUCAAAGCUCCACCUUACAGGCUCAUGUUUGCCACAACAAGAUGUGAUGAGAUUGCCGUGGAAAAGUUGAAGCUCUUUCAAGCUAACCAGGCUUGGUUAGAAUUAGAAGAAAAUGCAAAAACUCAACUUGUGAAGGACUUCGGUGCACGAACAAACUCUAUCUUGACUACGUAUCUCUUCGAAUACGAUAAUGAAACUAUAAAUUUUGAAAGUGGUACUAAAGGAGGUUACGAUCAACAAGUACACGAAGUCAGAAGCAAUAAACGUCAAGAUCUGACGGUAAAAGCACUAAAGGUGGUCUAUCCUGCUUACAUGAAUACGUUGGGUCAUCUUCGAUCCGAGACAUUGCGAAGCUUCACGACUCAACUCAAAGCACGCAUACAAAAUUUUUCUCUGUCUGCUUUUGAGUCAUAUCAGUCAUGCUAUGACUCUUGUAUGCUGCAGUUUGAUCAGCAAUGUGCAGAUUAUGCUACCGUAGAGCAUGCACAAUGGAAGGGUGAUGCUUUAAGUGUGCGCAAACAACUACUCCGUGAAAUUAGAGAACAUGCACUAAAUCAGAUACGGGAUGAACUCUCCAUUAGUGUUACUAUGGAAGUGUUUAGAGUUGUAAGAGAUGUGAGUGUGACGGACAAAUGGGAAAGUAUUAGAAGAUUCAUGGAGACAGCUAAAUUGGCGGGUGCUGGUAUAUUUGGAGGGGAGAAUGAAGAAAUCGUAGCUGAUUUGGAGAAACACGUUAGAGACAGAGUGGUGAACAUUUUCAAAGAUGAAUCUCUUAAUGUCGAGGAACUCAUAAAACACAGGUUCAUUCUUGCUUUAACACCAAUGGAUGACAACACAAUGCCAACUAAGGAGGAGGCCUACCGUCAGUGUUUGGAUAUGUUGUCCACAAUGGCUGUAAUUCGUUUAGAUGAUACAUACGACGUCGUACAAAGAGUGCUACGUUCUGAGCUGCUGAUGAAUGCAAAUAGCGGCGAUGGGAUUUCUCUUUCUUCCGUUACAUGGGAAAAUGUCCCUCUUCAAAUGACUUUGAUCACCCCAUUGAGAUGCAAACAAAUAUGGACCAACUUUAAACAAAAGACUGAGGAUUGUUAUUCCAUUGCUGAGAAAUAUGAAGAGGUGGUCCAUCCUGAUUGUACGAAUACGUUGGGUCAUAUACGCUCGGAGGUAUUCCGGAGCUUCAUGACUAAACUCAAAGCACGUGGACAAAAAUUUUCUCUAUCUGCAUUUCAGACAUGCCGUGACUCUUGUUUGCUGAAGUUUGACAAAAAAUGUUCAGUUGAUGCUACCAUAGAGCAGGAUGAUGCUGCCUCUGUGCGCAAACAACUUCUCCGUCAGAUGAAUGAACAUGCACUAUGUCAGCUGCGGAAUGACCUUUCCUGUAGUAUUAUUACAAAAGUGUCGAAAGUUAUACUCCGAGAUUGCAGUGUGGAGGACAUAUGGGAUUGUAUUAGACUUUUCUUAAAGAGUGAGAAUGAGAGAGCUAAAUCGGCGGCUGUUGGUAUAUUUGGAACAGAGCAUAAGCAAAUUGUGUCUGAUUUAGAGCAAUAUGCUAGAAUCAGCGUGGUGACCAGUGUCAAACUUUUAUUUCGCAAUGUCGAGAAGCACUUAAAGGAAAGGUUCAUUGAUGCCAUAUCGACGAGCAGCAAGACGAUGGAUAAGAAAGAGGGCCACCGUCAGUGUUUGGCUCUCUUAUCCACGAUGGCUGUAAUACGUUUAGAUGACACGUACGACGUCGUACACAGAGUGCUAAAUUCUGAAUUCUUGGGUUCAAAUAGAGGCGCAGGGACUUCAUCAUAUCCUCACUCUUCACAUACAUGGGAAAAUGUCCCUCAAGAAAUGACUUUGAUCACCCCAUUGCAAUGCGAAGAUAUAUGGACCAAGUUUACACAAGAUAUGGAGCAUUGUCUGGCUAUUGCUGAUGCUGUUGUUAACCAACAUCAAAAGAAGCAAGAUGAGAAGCAAGAUGAGAAGCGGCCACUUCGUAAAUGGGUGGUCUUUGGAAUAGCAAUUCUCGGAUUUUAUGAGUUCAUGGCUAUACUGAUUUGCAACCCGCCGGCCGCCGUUCUGUUCUUUGUAGAAGUAGCACUGCAGCAAGGGGUACUUAGAAAACUCAAAAAUAAAUUAAUAUAUUCUGACACCAAGGAGGAAUUUGAAAAGGAUGAUAUCUCUAAACAGUCUAGGUUCAUUAAAUUUCUAUGGAGCUAUAUGGAGAAAAUAUAUCGGAUCUUUCGUGAUAAGGUAUUAGGAAAUACUUUCCGUCAGAUUUACAUAAACUAAGAAAUCGUGAAAUUGUGUCUUUCUGAUUUCCACAGACUAAAAUAUUUAUUUAGUUUUCAUUUUUGUGUACGACAUUAUUAUAAAGUGUGACUGCUUUUGUAUAUACAAUUUUUAUGUAUGACUAAAUAUUUAUAUAUCCCACUAAA